ACUGUACAUUAUGGUUACCAUAGUAACUGGACAAUACAGUUUCAUCAAUACUGCAGGUUCAUUACGGUACAUCGCAUGGCUUCCGCUUUUCUAUUUAAUUUGUAGAUUUCUAGAUUCUGUAAUUGUUUAGUUGCGCCAUGGAGCAGUAUGAAGCGCAAUUCGGCGUGCGUAACCAAAUCGGAGCGCCGGUGGCGGAAACACGUUUCGCCGAACAGGCGGUUGUGUGCAUGCCGCCGCGAACGGCAAAGUUCACUCUUUCAGAAUGGAAGUUGAGUAAUGACCAACGAUGUCGCAACACGGAAGAUCAACAGCAAUUGGCGGACCGCGUUCUCGCGGAGAGUGAGCGGGUGAGGGAUGAGACGGGGGAGAGAUCCGAGCUCAUGAAAGACACUGUUGACCGUCGUAUGGAAGAGCGCAUUGGCGACGUAGAGUUCUGCAAAAGCGAACUCGAGAUCCAGCGCAGAGAAAUCUGCACAGAGCUCGAAGCCCUCAGCAUGUACAAGACUCGUCUGCAAGACUGCCUCGCGUCGCUCCAAGUGAACGCCUUGAACAUCUGCCGCAAGUGCCUCAUGUUGCGCGACGGCCGCAUCGGCAUCGACCUCGUCGUCGAUAAUGUUGAGAUCGCUUUACAGCGCGAAAUCACCUCUAUUCUCGGUGGACAAAGUCUACUAAAACGCGUGCUGGAGCAACUCAAUGAGCAAAUGCGACGAUUGCGCUCCACCCGCUAUUUUCUUGACCGCGACCUUCAGUACAAACAGGCGGCCAUUAACAUCGACAAAUCUAACCUCUCCUUGAAACACACUGAUUUGUGUCUAUCCGUCUACGAAGGCUACACGACUCUCGACCCGGCUAAUAUUUCCGCGGACGAGUACAACGCCUAUUCAGCGAAGAACAUUCAAAAUGCCGCUAGAGAAGUGACCAGCGCGCGUCCUAUUCGCAUGUACGUAGAUACGCUGUUAAAGCAGGUGAUUGCUGAUCUCUGGGAAGCGUUUGACAAAUGUAAUCAUGAGUUCCGCGAGCGGAUUAUCGAUACGAAGAGAGCGAAAGCUAAGCUCGAGGACAUGCAUCGUGACACGACGGCGAAGAUUUCUGAAAUGCAACACAACAUUGUUUUGCUGCAGAAAGCAUUGUCGGACAAGGAGGGGCAUGUGGCUUUGGCUCAUACUCGACUCGGAAAACGCGCGCAGCGAGUCGGCGGCGAAUUGGUUAAGGACCCGCCUGGACAAGCGUUGUACUAUGAAUGUGAGUUGCUGCGUUUGGCUACGGAGCAAUUGCAACAAAUGUUAUUUGAAGCGACAUCCUCGCUGCGCUACUUACUGCAAACGCAAAUCCAACUGGAGGAAGACAUCAAUGUCAAGAUGAACACACUGAAGAUCGAUGAAGUUGAUUGUAUGACAUUGCGCGCGACAAUGGAUUACCACGCUUAUUAAAAUUAAAUAAAAAAUAAUUUCGUUUCUCCAAUGUUCGCACUUUACCUUGAUUUUGAUACAAUUUUUAAUGUCGCUUGUAUUAAAAGAUUUUCUAUGUAUACGUAAUUUUUAGUAUGUUUUGAAGUGU